AUGUCAUCGACACAGUCAUACACACAAGACAAAAAAGGCGACACCCGUAUCAACAAGUACCAGAUCUACAAGAAUUAUCAAGUCUUCCAAGAGUCUAUUCUUAUUAAGUUACUUCUUCCGUAUUGUGACAUAGUCUUUUGUAAACCUUCGAAGAGAACAACAACAACUUUCCAAUUUCUUUAUAUCAAAGAAAUCAAAUUCAACAAUUACUCAAUCAAUGUUGUCGACUAUAUCGAAAGAAGAUGCACUGAAAUCAGUGAAAUGGAGAGACGAAAGGGAGUGAAAGAAAAGACUACUAUGAGAAGGUUUGAAAACAACAGGUUCACCGAAUGCUUACACUUCUUGUCCGAUUUACUAUCGGAGUUUGGGUAUUUUUUCAACACUACAAAGUCUCAAGGCAAAAACGGAAUUGCAAAAAGUGAAACAAUACAACAGAUCUUUAAAGAUGGAAGAAUUGUAUUCAACAGAAAUAUGGUCGAAGUUUUGGGGAAAAAUAUGCACACCUCUCUCCUCGAAAACUUGAGCAAAAACGCUAGCUGCACUAUCCACCAAAAUCAACUGUAA